UUCUCUGCGAAUAUAGUUGCGUGUUAGCUCUAGGGUAUCUUCUAGCAAACCAAAAGUGGGAUCUUUGGUUUAUCAUGGAGAUCUCGAUCCAAUUUCGGUUAGAAUUCAAAGAAGGAAAAAAUUGAAUCUUUGAGAAGCUUUUGUUAUUGAGUUAAUUCAGUGAUGAUCCUAUGCUUGUGAUGUGUGAAAAUGUUUUUGUUGCUUGUCCUUGUCUUUUGUAUAAAUCACUGAGUAGCUUCGUUUAGUGUCUCACCAAUGAUUUAACCUUGGUUUGCUAGUUUACUGAACAUGGAGUACAAUGUCUAGAUGGAGUUGGAAUUGUAUGUCUAGUAAUAAUGUGUGUAAUGCUUCAUGAUGCAAAACCUUGCUUUUGAAUUUUUUGUAGGAACGGUUUUUCAGAAACAAAAGAUUCCAUUUUUAGAUUCAAUUCCCUUCUGGUUUGAAAAAUGAUAUCAAAAUGGUGAAUAGAAGUGAUUUGGUGGUGAUUGGCAUCUCGGUUGGGCUUGCACUUGGUCUCUUGCUCGCUCUGCUUUUGUUCUUCGCCAUAAAAUGGUACUAUGGCCGCUCUCACCUCAGGCGAUGCGCUAAUGAACAGAAUUCCCCGACUCUACCUGUUCACACUGCUAAAAGAGGUGUAGUAAUCCCUGAUGAUAGAGCAAACACAGAAUCGUCACAGCCACCUGAGAAUGGAGCACCAACUCAACAUCAGCCAUGGUGGAACAACCACACCAAAGAUCUCACUGUAUCUGCAUCCGGCAUACCUAGAUAUAACUACAAGGAUAUUCAGAAAGCAACACAAAAUUUCACAACCGUUCUAGGACAAGGAUCUUUUGGUCCUGUCUACAAAGCGGUUAUGCCCAAUGGAGAAUUAGCUGCAGCGAAAGUUCAUGGCUCUAAUUCAAGUCAAGGAGACAGAGAGUUUCAAACCGAGGUAUCUUUACUUGGGAGACUGCAUCACCGGAAUCUUGUGAACUUGACAGGAUACUGUGUCGAUAAAAGUCACCGGAUGUUGAUCUAUGAGUUCAUGAGUAAUGGAAGUUUGGAGAAUCUUUUGUAUGGCGGUGAAGGAAUGCAAGUCUUGAAUUGGGAAGAGCGGCUUCAAAUCGCUCUUGACAUCUCCCACGGCAUUGAAUACCUUCACGAAGGGGCCGUACCGCCAGUUAUUCACCGUGAUCUUAAGUCAGCAAACAUUUUGUUAGAUCAUUCCAUGAGAGCUAAGGUCGCGGAUUUCGGGUUGUCGAAAGAGAUGGUUUUAGAUAGAAUGACUUCCGGAUUGAAGGGUACUCACGGCUACAUGGAUCCAACAUACAUUUCGACUAACAAAUACACGAUGAAGAGCGACAUUUACAGUUUCGGUGUCAUCAUUCUUGAGCUCAUUACUGCAAUCCAUCCCCAACAGAAUCUGAUGGAAUACAUCAACCUGGCUUCGAUGAGUCCAGAUGGUAUCGACGAAAUACUCGAUCAGAAACUAGUGGGAAACGCAAGCAUUGAAGAAGUGAGGUUACUGGCGAAGAUUGCAAACAGGUGUGUGCAUAAGACACCAAGAAAAAGACCAUCUAUUGGAGAAGUAACACAGUUCAUACUAAAGAUCAAACAAAGUCGGUCUCGAGGAAGAAGACAGGACACGAUGUCUUCAUCGUUUGGUGUUGGUUAUGAGGAAGAUCUGUCAAGGGUUAUGAGCAGGAUUAAGGAUCAGCAUGUUGAGUUAGGGUUAUUGGCUGGUGUUAAGGAAGAGAAUCAUCAAGAGAGGAACAUUGCAACAACAUAGUAACUCUUUACUUUAGGAGUAAGUCUUUUUGUACAUAUUACCACAUGAGUCUCAAAAGUAAGAUUUCUCCCUCUUCUGCAAAAAGAAAAGAGUUUUUGCUUGCUGACAACAACAACAAAAAUUUGAGGUUAUGUUAUAAAGACUCUUAACAAAAGAUAUAUCUAGUUCUUAUU